GCCAACGGGUAAUCUUCUGUCUGUACACCUGCUUCAGAUUUCUUUCCCCUGCCUCUCAACGGUUUUGGUUCCGUUUCCUUGUAGCAUUUCUUUGUUGAAAUUUCUGAACUAGAUUAGUUGCAUUUAUGAAAACAUGGAGAAGCUGAUGGAUAGUUUGAAGCUGCAGUUUGGCAUUUAUCCGACCGCAAAAGAUGAUUUGGGACCAAUUGAAAGAGUCAAUUUCACUGAUUGGCGCAGAGAAGCACAACCAGACUUGGAGAAGAAAUCGCUAUCUUAUGCUGGAGCAGUUGACGGGAGUCUUGCCAAAGGCAAGCAAGUCCUGAGGGAAUUUAAGAAUGACUGUAUAUGGAGAAUGGAUGCCUGAUGUGCUUUGACAGACAUACUUGUUAAUGUCACUAUGUUGAUGUGCCAGAUACCGGUUGUUAGUGAACUAUCUUGAACCUGCUAGUCGGUUUCCCCUUUGAGGACAUAUUCCGAGACUUCAGUGAGAAGAACAUGUAUGUGGAGGUCAUUAGAUUCUGCUUUGCAUUCCAUCUGGCUGAAAACUUCCAACCAAACCAGUUCCUCUCGAGCUACUUGGAUAAGACAAGGAUCAAGUAAUUAAACAUAUCUCUUUCUUUUAUUCCUUGUAAUGGAUGCCUGCCUGGUGUGCUUUCACAGAAUAUUAAACUCUUCCUCCUCGCAUCUCUUUUUCCUUCUUAGUUAUUGUCUAAAGUGUAAGUUUCUUCUACUUUCAGUUACCGCUCAAAGAAAUGAACUAUAACGCA